UGAAAGUACGGAAAAGAGGGACUAGCGGAUUAACUUCCGGUUGCCUUACCCACGUUCUUCCGCAGGUUUCAAACAAAACGAUUCUCCGUCGAUUUGUGAAGAACCAAACAAAAUGAGCAAAGCACACCCUCCUGAGUUGAAAAAGUUCAUGGACAAGAAGCUUUCGCUCAAACUAAAUGGAGGCAGACACGUGCAGGGCAUCCUUCGAGGGUUUGACCCCUUUAUGAACCUGGUGGUGGAUGACUGUCUGGAAAUGGGACCAGGAGGACAACAGCAUACCAUUGGCAUGGUGGUCAUCCGAGGUAACAGCAUCAUCAUGUUGGAAGCUUUGGAAAGAGUAUGAGAAAAGCUGCAAUGGAGCGUGUCUGUGGAUUUUUUUUUUUAUAUAUAUGUAUACAUGGUUAAACUGAAACAACACAACUGUCUGAUUUAUGUAAAAUGACUCGCUUUUAGGGUUUGUGAAUAAAUAAAUCCUUUUCUUCCUA